AUGGGGGAAAUUUGCCUGGGUGAAAAGCAAGGAAGUGGAGAAGCCUUUCAACAAAAACAUGUCUGUGUGAAGAAAGUCACUAUGGCAAACCUCCUGCCUACUGGCUACAUCACAUUCCCAAACUUGUUUACCUCUAAUAAUGUCUGCUCAGUGCCUACCUCCUUCUUGCUAACUGGCAUCCCAGGGCUGGAAUCCUUCCACAUCUGGUUCUCCAUUCCCUUUGGUUCCAUGUACCUUGUGGCCGUGUUGGGGAAUGUGACCAUUCUACUGGUGGUAAGGGUGGAACGAAGCCUGCACCAGCCCAUGGACUUCUUCCUGUGCAUGUUGGCCAUCGUUGACUUGGUCCUAUCAACCUCCACCAUGCCCAAACUACUUGUCAUCUUCUGGUUUGGUGCCUGCUACAUUGGCCUGGACGCCUGCUUGACCCAGAUGUUCUUCGUCCACUGUUUCGCCACUAUUGAGUCAGGCAUCUUCCUUGCCAUGGCUUUUGAUUGCUAUGUGGCCAUAUGUGACCCACUACAUCACACAUCAGUGCUCACCCAUGAGGUAGUGGGCUGUUUGGGGCUGUUUGUACUCCUCCGGGGGGUACUUUACAUUGGACCCGUGCCCCUGAUGAUCCACCUUAGGCUGUCCCUUUAUCAGACUCAAAUAAUUGCCCAUUCUUAUUGUGAGCACAUGGCAGUGGUUACCUUGGCGUGUGGUGACACAACAGUCAACAACUUAUAUGGAAUGGGAAUUGGAUUCCUGAUAUUGACACUGGAUUCAAUAGCCAUCACUGCCUCCUAUGUGAUGAUUUUCAGGGCUGUGAUGGGUCUGGAAACCCCUGAAGCCAAGCUUAAAACCCUGGGGACAUGUGGUUCUCACAUCUGCGCCAUCCUUGUUUUCUAUAUCCCCAUUGCUGUUUCCUCUCUCACCCACCGCUUUGGCCAUCAUGUGCCUCCCCAUAUCCAUAUCCUUCUGGCCAACUUUUAUCUCCUCAUCCCACCUUUCCUUAACCCAGUUGUAUAUGCUGUCCAUUCCAAGCAGAUCCGAGAGAGACUUCUACAUAUUGUUAAGGCAGGAGCUCAACCCAGGUGACUGUUCUGCAUCUAUGGCGCAUAUAAAUGUUUAGUAAUGGCAGAAAAGGCUUGCCUGUGGAAGCCUCUGCAAUCCCCGGGUCUUAUCUGAUCUGUGGGGAUAAGAGUUUAAGUGAAAUGCUAGAGCCUAUUUUGUUUGAUCAUGAGUUUUCUGUGUGGUGUAGACCCAACUUCAGGAAAUGGAGAGGGAAAAUUCGGGCAUGAGUUUUGUACUACAAUAUCACUUUCCGUACCCAUUUAACU